AACUGGACGUAAUAAGCUGAGCCACGUCAGAUUUAUGAUAUUUUUCUCAGUAAUGAGUAAUGACGUUAAGAAUUGAAUUAUCCGUUAAUGGAUAAACACGCGUCACUUCACGGAAGCAGCCGUUCAUGGCAGCCACGCCUUCACUCUGUGCUGCUCUCCGAUCGCCCGUCUCUUGCCGGAGACUCUCUCUGGUUCGGAAAACCUACGCUCCUUCUCAAUUCAAUGUCUUCCUCUCACCGUUUCCGUCACCUUCCUCCAUCGAUAUCGGCGGCAGAAUUUUCCCACGUUUACCGGCGGCGAAGCAGCAGGUUGAUCAGGAUGAAGUUGGAUUCGAUCAACAGCCUUCGCAGGAGCUAUCAAUAGCGUCGGCGUGUUUGGUUGGUGUUCUCACCGGAGUCAGUGUGGUUCUCUUUAAUAACUGUGUUCACUUGCUUCGAGACUUCUCCUGGGAUGGGAUCCCUGAUCGAGGAGCUUCGUGGCUUAGAGAGGCACCGAUCGGUACCAAUUGGCUGCGUGUCAUUCUUGUUCCUACUAUAGGCGGUUUGGUGGUGAGCGUGCUCAAUCAGCUCCGGGAAGCUGCUGGAGAGUCCGCCGGAGAUUCUGAUGGAAGUCUCGAUCGCGUAAAGGCAGUGUUGCGUCCUAUACUUAAGACUGUUGCUGCAUGUGUGACGCUUGGGACUGGAAAUUCUCUGGGCCCGGAAGGUCCUAGUGUUGAAAUUGGCGCAUCAAUCGCAAAAGGAGUAAAUUCUCUAUUCAAUAAAAGUCCUCAGACUGGGCUCUCUCUUGUUGCUGCUGGCUCAGCUUCUGGAAUUUCCUCUGGGUUCAAUGCAGCUGUUGCUGGAUGCUUCUUUGCAGUUGAAUCCGUUUUGUGGCCUUCUUCAUCAAGUGAUUCAUCAGCAUCACUUCCAAAUACAACUUCAAUGGUUAUUCUUAGUGCUGUUACUGCAUCUGUGGUUUCGGAGAUCGGUCUUGGCUCUGAACCUGCGUUUAAAGUUCCUGACUAUGACUUCCGUUCUCCUGGAGAGCUCCCACUCUAUCUUUUAUUGGGCGCCCUGUGUGGCCUGGUCUCGUUGGCAUUAUCUCGAUGUACAUCAUCCAUGACAUCAGCUGUUGACAGUCUUAACAAGGAUGCUGGGAUACCAAAGGCUGUAUUCCCAGUAAUGGGUGGCCUAACUGUUGGUAUCAUAGCUUUGGUAUACCCUGAGGUCUUAUAUUGGGGUUUCCAGAACGUGGAUAUUUUGUUGGAGAAACGUCCAUUUGUGAAGGGACUUUCAGCUGAUCUUUUGCUUCAGCUGGUAGCGGUCAAGAUAGCUGCGACCGCAUGGUGUCGGGCUUCUGGACUUGUUGGUGGAUACUAUGCUCCUUCUCUCUUUAUUGGCGGGGCAGCAGGAAUGGCCUAUGGAAAAUUUAUUGGACUUGCUUUGGCUCAAAACCCUGGAUUCAAUCUGUCUAUCCUGGAAGUGGCAUCUCCACAAGCUUAUGGUCUGGUUGGAAUGGCUGCUACACUUGCGGGGGUUUGUCAAGUUCCUCUUACAGCGGUACUACUGCUAUUUGAACUUACACAGGAUUAUCGUAUAGUGUUACCUCUACUGGGAGCUGUAGGCGUGUCUUCAUGGAUUACAUCUGGACAGUCAAAGAGACAAGAAACUAGAGAGGCAAAAGAAACUAGGAAAAGAAAGAACCAGGAAGAAACUGUACAGUCUCUGACGUCAUCUGAUGAUGAGUCAUCAACAAAUAACCUUUGUGAAGUUGAAAGUUCUCUUUGCAUUGAUGAUUCACUAAUCCAAUCUGAGGAGCUACCGAAGAGUAUCUUUGUUUCAGAAGCAAUGCGAACAAAAUUUGCCACAGUUAUGAUGAGCACUUCUUUGGAAGAGGCGUUAACUCGUAUGCUGAUAGAGAAACAAUCUUGUGCCAUGAUUGUUGAUCCUGACAACAUUUUUCUUGGUCUGCUUACACUUUCAGACAUUCAGGAAUUCAGCAAAGCAAGAAAAGAAGGAAACAAAAGACCCAAAGAUACAUUUGUUAACGACAUAUGUUCGAUGAGUGGAGGAAAAUGUAAAGUGCCGUGGACUGUUACACCUGAUAUGGAUCUUCUCGCUGCCCAAACAAUCAUGAACAAGCAUGAAAUUUCUCAUGUUGCAGUCGUUUCAGGCAGCAUUGAUGCUCGCAGAAUACACCCUGUUGGGGUCCUAGAUAGAGAAUGUAUCACUCUAACGCAAAGGGCUCUAGCAACCAGAAUGUUCCUCGUCAAUUCGUUGUAUCCAUAAACGGGCUUGAUUUGUAACUCUUCUUGAGCUAACUAGGGUGAUGUCAAUCUAUUCCUUCUGUGAGGCUCAGGGCCAAUAUUUGUUCUUUGUAUCAAGAAAUCUGGGGAGACAGUCGGCUGGGGCAGCAUCGA